ACACUAUGUAAUUUAACUUUAAUCUUUUUCCAAAUUGCUGAUCUAUGUUUACCGGAUGUCAGGCUAUUCAAAUUGCUAUUUGCUUGCACUAGCAGUACUCUUAUUGCUAGUAGCAAUUGAUGCAAAUUCACAAACUGAACCAAGAAAAGUGAAAACUGUUGUCUUUCGAUCACCAAAAUUUGUGCUGAAACCUGGAUCAGUUGCUAACAAAUAUUACUACAACAUUGAUUUCCCUAAAGGACAUGUUGCUAUAAAAGAUUUUCAUGCUGAAGUAGUUGAUAAGGCAGGGCACCCUGUACCAUUAUAUGAAACAUAUCUUCACCAUUGGGUUGUUGUAAGAUAUUACCAACAAAAAAGCAACGAAUUGAACACCUCGGAUAUAAUCGUUGGGGGCAACUCAGGGAUAUGCGACGGGGUUCUUAAUCAGCAUUUUGGGCUCGGAUCUGAGACCCGAAAAACAGCCACAUAUGUUCCGGACCCUUAUGGAAUAGAAAUUGGUAAUCCAAAGGAUGUACCUGAAGGAUACGAAGAGAGAUGGGUGCUCAAUUUACAUGCCAUUGAUACACGAGGAGUUGAAGAUAGAUUGGGAUGCAACGAGUGCAAGUGUGAUCUUUAUAAUGUCACAAAGGAUGAGGAUGGUCAAGCUAUAGAGCCAGAUUAUAUCGGUGGCCUGAGAUGUUGUUACGAUAAAACAAGAUGCAGGGUGAAACACGGGUUCAAAGGAUCGAAGAAAGGCCUUUACCUGAAGUAUACGGUGAAGUAUGUUGAGUGGGAUGCCUCCAUUGUGCCUGUUAAAAUUUAUAUACUUGAUGUCACGGAUACAUGGAAAAAGCCGGAAAAUCCAACAGCAAAGGCAAAACAUCAGUGCCAGAUUGAAUAUUCAGUGAAGUCAUGUUAUGCUAAUGGUGCAAAUUUUGGUUGUACUGAUACAUGUUCUGCUAAUGGUGCAAAUUUUGGUUGUACUGAUACAAAAAAAGUAAGUGUACCAUUUCCUACUGGUGGAGAUGUCAUCUAUGGAGUUGCUCAUCAACAUACUGGAGGGGCUGGUUCAACCCUACAUGGAGAGGAUGGACGCGUCAUAUGCUCAUCUCACCCGAUCUAUGGCAAAGGAAAGGGACCAGGAAAUGAAGCUGGGUACGUCGUGGGGAUGUCUACAUGUUAUCCUAAACCUGGCUCGAUUAAGAUAAUGAAAGGGGAGACUGUAACUUUACUAACAAAUUAUAGUAGUUUUCGAAGGCAUACUGGAGUGAUGAGUUUGUUCUAUCUCUUGGUUGCUGAACCAUCACCAAAUUAAGAUCUACUUCUUGUUGCUGUUUUAUUUUAUCAAAGUAAGAAAAAGAGAGAGGAAGAAAGAAUUGUGAGAAAUCUUGAUUGAUUUUCCAUCAAUAUAAUGGGUGUUUAAUAUAGUAAA